AUGUCCCUGGUCGCAAUAGGUGCAUUUUAUGUGGAUACCAUUCUCAGUACAUCCCAUUACCCUGGGGAAGACGAGAAGUUACGAGCAUCAAAUAUCCUUCACCGGCGAGGUGGAAAUUGCCCAAAUAGUCUUGAGGUUUUGCAGCAAUUGACACUCGCAUCCAAAACGAACCUGGCAUUAAACCUAAUAUCAGUCUUGCCUGCCAAAUCAUCAGUUGCCUCCCAACACAUCGUUUCAGCACUUGAGCCUCGUGUUCAGCUUGGCCACUGCAUAUUUCGGGAAAAAUAUCAGGAACCGGCAUCAUGUUACAUUAUCAAAAGCCAGUCGACUGGGAGCAGAACAAUUGUCAACUAUAAUGAACUCCCAGAUAUGAAAACGGAAGAGUUCAUUCAGGUUACCGCUAAGCUCGGAUCUCAGGCCACUUGGUUCCAUUUCGAGGGUCGUACACCUGAGGUUUUGCUAGGUUGCAUUCGGCAUCUCCGAAACUAUUUUUCCCGUGCUCACAUUAGUGUUGAAAUUGAAAAGCCAGGUCGAGAAGGCCUUCAGGAAUUGGCAGAAGCAGCUGACGUUGUCUUCUAUUCGAAGACCUGGGCACAGGGUAUGGGAUAUACAUCUGCAGAGGAUUGUCUCCGAAAACAGUCAUUGAGGACACGGAAUGCGUCACUGCUCUGUUGCACUUGGGGCCAGGAUGGGGCAGCAGCCUUGGAACUCAGAACAGGGCAAUUUGUACAUGCUAAAAUGGAUACCGCGCCGGACUUCCAGGUGAUAGACCCAAUCGGAGCGGGAGAUACCUUCAAUGCGGGGAUGUUAUACGCUUUGAACUGUAAAGACCAGGAAUGGGAUCUUUCAACCAAGGUUGGGUUCGCUAACCGGAUUGCUGGCAUGAAGGUGGCGCAGGAGGGAUUCUCCGGUCUGAAUCGUGCAUUGGAAUAUUAUCAUUGA